AGCUGUCAGGCAAGGACAAAAACAAACAGCCAAAUUUGACUACCAUAAGACUCCUCCUCCUUCCGUAUCUCACUUGUUCACUCCCAUUCCAUUCCAUGGAGAUCGACCCCCCGCCUUUCAGAGAAAGCACCGCCACGACCGAGGACUGGCGGAAGGCGCUUGCCAAGGUCGUCCCCGCCGUCGUCGUUUUGAGGACCACGGCGUGUCGUGCCUUCGAUACUGAAGCCGCCGGUGCUAGCUAUGCCACCGGCUUUGUCAUCGAUAAGCGCCGCGGGAUCAUCCUCACCAACCGCCAUGUUGUCAAGCCUGGACCUGUGGUUGCCGAAGCUAUGUUUGUGAAUCGCGAAGAAGUUCCAGUAUAUCCUAUCUAUAGGGAUCCGGUUCAUGAUUUUGGCUUCUUUUGUUAUGAUCCUGGUGCAAUACAGUUUCUGAAGUAUGAAGAGAUUCCUCUUGCCCCUGAGGCUGCUUCUGUUGGAUUAGAAAUCAGGGUUGUUGGUAACGAUAGUGGUGAGAAGGUCUCCAUUUUGGCUGGUACUCUUGCUCGUUUAGAUAGAGAUGCUCCUUAUUACAAAAAGGAUGGCUAUAAUGAUUUCAAUACAUUCUACAUGCAAGCUGCAUCUGGUACCAAAGGUGGGUCUAGUGGCUCUCCGGUGAUUGAUUGGCUAGGUAGGGCGGUGGCUUUGAAUGCUGGUAGCAAGUCAUCAAGUGCAUCAGCAUUUUUUUUACCAUUGGAACGAGUUGUGAGGGCAUUGAAGUUUCUCCAAAAUGGCAGAGAUUCUUUUGUCAAAAAAUGGGAGGCAGUUUCUAUACUGCGUGGUACGCUUCAGGUAACUUUUGUCCACAAAGGAUUUGAUGAGACACGGCGACUUGGUCUUCGAAGUGAGACGGAGCAGAGGGUUCGACAUGCGUCUUCGCAGGGUGAAACUGGAAUGCUUGUUGUUGAAUCUGUGGUGCCAGGCGGUCCAGCUCAUAAGUGUUUGGAGCCAGGUGAUGUUCUUGUUUGCAUGAAUGGGGAAGUAAUUACCCAAUUUCUAAAAAUGGAGACAUUACUUGAUGAUAGUGUGAAUCAAAAAAUUGAAAUACAGAUCGAAAGGGGUGGCACACCAUUAACUGUGAACUUGCUGGUGCAGGAUUUGCACUCAAUAACCCCUAAUUACUUCUUAGAAGUAAGUGGUGCAGUGAUACACCCUCUCUCGUAUCAACAGGCUAGAAAUUUUCGCUUCCAGUGUGGCCUUGUGUAUGUGGCAGAGCCAGGAUAUAUGCUCUUUAGAGCUGGAGUUCCUCGUCAUGCUAUCAUUAAGAAGUUUGCUGGUCAGGAAAUAUCACUACUUGAGGAUCUAAUUUCAGUGCUAUGCAAGCUAUCUCGGGGUGCUCGAGUGCCGUUAGAGUAUAUAAGCUAUGCAGAUCGUCAUCGGAGGAAGUCAGUCCUGGUCACCGUUGAUCGCCAUGAAUGGUAUGCCCCUCCACAGAUAUACACUCGUGAUGAUAGUACUGGUCUUUGGACUGUGAAGCCUGCUUUUCAGCCUGAUGCUGGUCUAUUUUCAUCUGGUAUCAAUGAUCUUGGUGGUAUAAGAAGUGAUGCAGUUCCUCUAUGUACUGAGGCCUCUUCUGUUGGGCACAUGCAUCAUAAUAGCCAUGCAGAAUUGAAUGAAGGGGUCACCAGUAUGGAAACCAGUUAUGAACAUUCUUCUGAAGGAGGACAUCCUCGGGCUGAAUCUGAUGUUGAAACAAAGAAACACCGAGUGAAGGAGGAUUUUUCUUCUGAUGGAAAUGUCGUAGCCGACAGUUCCUUUCUUGAAACAGAUGAAGGUGAUCCGGAGGAUGCAAAUACUGUGGAGAAUUCUGUUAUGAGAGAUCUUCAAGGUGAAAAUGUAGCAGCAGCUAAUUCUUCACUAGCUGAACGUAUUAUCGAGCCAACUCUUGUUAUGCUUGAGGUUCAUGUGCCACCAUCAUGUAUGCUCGAUGGUGUACAUUCACAACAUUUUUUUGGGACUGGUGUUAUUAUAUACCACUCUCAAAAUAUGGGACUGAUUGCUGUUGACAAGAAUACAGUUGCGGUAUCUGCAUCUGAUGUGAUGCUUUCAUUCGCCGCAUUUCCAAUUGAAAUUCCAGGGGAGGUGGUUUUUCUCCAUCCCGUUCACAAUUAUGCUCUCAUUUCAUAUGAUCCAUUGGCCCUGGGCGCUGUUGGUAUCUCGCUUGUUCGUGCUGCGAAACUACUUCCUGAGCCUGCAAUACGUCGUGGGGAUUCUGUGCAUCUUGUUGGGCUAAGUAGAAGCCUACAAGCAACAUCUAGAAAGUCUAUUGUGACCAACCCAUGCGCUGCAGUAAAUAUUAGCUCUGCUGAUUGUCCACGUUACAGAGCAACUAAUAUGGAAGUGAUCGAGCUUGAUACUGAUUUUGGCAGUACAUUCUCUGGAGUGCUAACUGAUGAGCAUGGAAGGGUCCGAGCUAUUUGGGGUAGCUUUUCAACUCAGGUGCAUACUUUUCUCCUCGGCAAAAAAAAGAAAAAGAGAAGUAAGAAAAAAUUCAGUAGCUCCGAAGAUCAUCAAUUUGUAAGAGGUAUCCCAAUAUAUACAAUCAGUCAAGUCCUUGAACAAAUCAUAUGUGGUGCUCAAGGCCCUCCUCUUCUCAUAAAUUGUGUCAAAAGGCUGAUGCCUCUAGUUAGAAUUUUGGAGGUUGAACUAUAUCCUACACUGCUUUCAAAAGCCCGCAGUUUUGGACUGAGUGAUGAUUGGGUCCAAGCACUUGUCAAGAAAGAUCCGAUUAGACGACAGGUUUUACGUGUGAAAGGAUGUUUAGCUGGAUCUAAAGCCGAAAAUCUGUUAGAACAAGGAGACAUGGUCUUGGCAAUCAAUAAGGAACCAGUUACAUGCUUCCGUGAUGUAGAAAAUGCCUGUCAAGAAUUGGGAAAACAUGAAAACAAAGAUGGAAAGCUUAACAUGACCAUAUUCCGUCAGGGGCGUGAGAUUGAUCUUCUCGUCGAAACAGAUAUUAGAGAUGGGAGUGGUACUACACGUGUAAUAAAUUGGUGUGGAUGUAUUGUUCAGGAUCCCCAUCCUGCAGUGCGUGCUCUUGGAUUUCUUCCAGAAGAAGGUCAUGGUGUUUAUGUGGCAAGGUGGUGUCAUGGUAGCCCAGCGCAUAGAUAUGGACUGUAUGCUCUUCAGUGGAUUGUUGAAGUUAAUGGAAAACAGAUUCCUGAUUUAGAUGUUUUUUUGAAUGUCACAAAGGAAAUAGAACAUGGAGAGUUUGUUCGUGUACGGACCAUCCACCUAAAUGGAAAACCUAAAGUUUUAACGUUGAAGCAGGACUUGCACUACUGGCCUACAUGGGAGGUCAGAUUUGAUCCUGAUUCUGCUAUAUGGCGUCGAAACACAAUUAAGGCACUAGACUAUAGUUCUAAUCUAUAAAGAACACAUGUUCUUGAAGUCUGGUGGUAAAUGUAUCAUGACAUCUGAGCUACAAAACAUUGGCAUCAGGAUUACUCAUUGAGUCAUUGAAUCAUUGUUUUUUAGUGUUUCAUCAUAUUGUGGAAUGGUAUAUACAGACUGGAUGUGAAUUGUUAUAUAAAUGUUAUCUAAUGGCCUUGCUCCAGAAUGCAAUUUUUAUCACCUA